CCUGUCGACAAUACAUAUGUACGUGGUCCCUCGCGGAAAAGAACCUUUUUAGACCAGUAUCUUUUUUUUCAGCUUGCAUUGGCUUUAACCGCAGCUUUCCAUCAAUUACAUACGAUGUUUUCCGACAAGAAGGCAACAAACAUGCAACGAACCGCUACAAAGACUCCCAACAACGGCGUUCAACACGAAGUGGAUAGUCAAGAUGACAAAAGGAAAAUCGGUGUUACUGGCGCCGCGUUCCUUAUCCUGAAUAGGAUAGUCGGGACCGGAAUUUUCGCAACUCCAUCAGAAAUAUUUGCUAAGGCUGGCUCUGUUGGAAUGGCGUUGAUCCUAUGGGUCUUUGGAGGCGUAAUUACAUUUUGCGGCCUUUCGGUGUUUCUUGAAUUUGGUCUUGCAAUUCCUCGCUCUGGUGGUGAGAAGGUUUACCUAGAGCGGGUAUACCGCUGGCCGCGGGGAAUGACAAGUUUUGCCAUGGCGGCACAGCUUAUAUUGUUGGUUUGGCCUGCCAGCAAUGCGCUUGCAUUUGGAAGAUAUGUCCUUCUUGCAAAUGGCAUUGCACAGGACGGUUGGCCUGCCCGCGGCGUUGGCGUGGCUCUUGUUGUCGCGAUCAAUGUGCUCUGCGCCAUCACUCCGAAGUGGAGCAUCUACGUGUCUAAUAUAUUGGGCAUCAUCAAGACAUUGGUUCUGCUGUUGAUUGUUGGUGCAGGGUUGGCUGCUCUAGCUGGUCAUCGCCAAGCUCCGAACCCCCAAAACUUUAAGAACGUAUUUGCUGUCGAAGAUGCCAGUGGUUACAGCGUGUACGGUAUCUCGAGUGCCAUGCUUGGCGUUAUUUUUAGCUUUCGGGGCUGGGAAAAUGCGAAUUAUAUUGCCGGAGAGCUCAAAGACCCGCGCAAGACACUCGCCCUCGCCACACCACUUGCAGUUGGUGGUGUGACUAUUCUCUACACUCUAGUGAACAUUGCAUUCUUUGCCGUCGUGCCCAGAUCUGACCUCAUCAAAGCCGAAGUGCUUGUCUCAGGUUUAUUUUUCGAGAAGAUGUUUGGCGAAUUUGGUGUUGCAAGAGUGCUUCCAGUCUUUAUAGCAAUUAGCAACGCAGGCGCAGCGUUAGCGUUCAGCUACACGCACGCACGAGUGAUACAAAAUUUAGGGAAGGAGAAUCUCUUGCCAUACAGCAUGUUUUGGACAUCUGACCGGCCGUUUGGCUCACCCACUGCCGCUGUGAGUGCUCUCCAAAUUACUCUAUCACUUUGUUUUUUUCUUUUUGAAUUCUUUCCGUUUGACUAAAUCCUGAUAGCUAUUAUUGCAAUCAUUUAUGACUAUUGUUGUCCUAAUUGCACCGCCGCCUGGCCCAGCGUACAGCUUUAUUAUCAGUUUGACUGCAUAUCCUACCACAUGGAUACAUGCUUUCGUCACCGGCGGAUUGAUAUGGUUACGUUUCCGCAAGUCGGAGAAUUGGUCGUCGCCGUGGCGCUCGCCAGUGAUCAUUUUGGUCCUGUACCUUUUUACUAACAUCUUCUUGCUCCUUGCACCAUUUAUUCCUAACCCUCAAAACAACCGGAAAGGAGCCUACCCUUACUUUACCGUUCCAUUGGUUGGCACGCUAACCCUUUUUCUCUGCAUACUGUAUUGGUUCAUCCGUAUGAGGCUGUUGCCGCAAUGGCGUGGCUACGUCAUCGUUGGCGAACAUCGAACAGACUCUAACCAAUGCACCUACAUUGUUUAUAAAAAGAUGAAGUUUAGUAAGCAGCAUUAAUAGAAAGUUC